AUGAUGAAGGACUGGACCCACCAGUCUAAAGAACAUGUGGGCUGUCUUGCAAGAGAAUGGUGUAGUAAAGAUAGAUUUUUAGGAAAUGUUUGCGACAUAGAGGAGGUAGCCAAGUCAUUGAUUGAAGGAGAAACAGAAAGAAGAAAAGUGAUCAAGAGAUUCUUUACAUGGGUACUUUCUAGGGCAUUCCAUCACUACCGUGGGCUCCGUGACCAAAAAUCACCAAUAAAGAAACAUCCAGAAUUGGAUAGGUUGCUUAGAGAAGAAUAUCAUAGCUUGGAUGACUUCAACCGUGCCAAAGGAAGGACUGCUUCAAUUAAAGAUGAUGGUCAUUAG